CGCACUUAACGACCACGAACAAAUUUUCCCUCCCUAUCUCACUCUCUCUGUCCUCUAGAUUUUCAGUGUAAUCGGCGAAAUGGGUGUUUUAUUUCGUCCCGAGGAAACCUUGGUAUCGGAGUUGGAGCAGCUCCGCCGCAAGCUCGUUGCCUGCGGCGGCAUCCAGAGGAGGAAGGACGGCGAAGAGUUCAAAAGUCUCAAGUCGAAGCUGAUUGACGAUGCAGAGCAGAAAGUCGUGUGUGUAACUAGCGGCGUUUCGUUUCUUGGUUCCGCCAUCGUUAACGAGCUCUUAGUUCAUGGAUACUCUGUUCGAGUCAUUGUUGAUAAUCCUGAGGAUGUGAACAAAUUGGACGAGACGACGUGCGGCCGCCCUAAUGUGACGGUAGUUGUGGCGAAACUUACAGAUGUAAAUAGCUUAGUGGAAGCCUUCAAUGGCUGCCGUGGCGUUUUUCACACCUCUUCUUCCAUUGAUCCUGCUGGUCUUUCUGGUUAUACGAAAGUAAUGAGCGAAGUGGAAAUGAGGAGCACUGAGAAUGUGAUGGAGGCGUGCGCAAGAACAGAAACAGUACGAAAUUGUGUUCUUACAUCUUCUCUCCUUGCUUGCAUCUGGCGGGACCAACCUGAAAGUACUGGAACCUCACGAGUUGUCGACCAUGGCUGCUGGAGCAGUUUCCAGCUCUGCCAAGAUAAAAAGCUAUGGUUUGCAUUGGGGAAGCUAAAAUCUGAAAAAGUAGCAUGGAAAAUAGCACAAGAAAGUGGCCUAAAACUGGCCACCAUCUGUUCACCUCUCAUAACUGGCUCCAACUUCCAUUCCAGAAAUUCAACUCCAACGAUGGCUUAUCUCAAAGGAGCUCGAGAGAUGUACAAAAAUGGUCUACUGGCAACAGUGGACGUGACCAAAUUGGCCAAAGCACAUGUAUGUGUAUAUGAAGAAUUAAAGGAAACCGGUUCCGGCAGAUACAUUUGCUUCGACCGAGUUAUCUCAACGGUCGACGAGGCGACGAAGUUGGCAGCAGAGAUCAGAGUCCCUGUCGGGACUAUAGUCGAAACCACCCUUCCAAUCAACUCGCCAAUACUGUUUCAAUUGUCGAACAAGAAGGUAUCUGAUCUAAUGUCUAGAAGUAACGUUGGACGUAGCUGUUUGAAUGAAAACAGAUUUUAUUGAAGGGAAGAAGAACUUGCAAUCUUCACUUACUGUAGAUUAUUAUAGAAAUGAGCUUCUUGAUGAGGAAGUAUAUGCUUUAUUCUUUCUUUUAAAUAUCAUUCAUAUAGAAUGUAAAAUGUAUACCAUUUUUUAAAAUAUCAUUCAUAUAGAGUCCCUGUUGGGCUUACCUUGUU